UGCAUCAGGUGGCGUAAAUACUUAUUCUUCAUUUUUACCGAAGCACGUGGGUUUUGUUACUUUGACGUUUAGGUAAUUUUUCGAUACAUGUAAAUGACUACUUUCGGAUUAUAUUUCGGCACGACAAAUACCUGUUUAGCAGCUUGCAAGGAUGGAAAUCUUAAAGUUCUUGCUAAUGAUGCUGGAGAUAGAGUGACACCAGCAAUUGUUUCAUUUGCAGGUGGAGAAAAAAAUGUAGGUUUACCUGCCAAACUCCAUUUAUCCAGAAAUGCUCAGGUUACUAUAUGUUGUGUAAAACAGCUCUUAAUCAAUGAAGAUUCUAUAAAUGUUGAUAAAAUAGAUACAGAAUACAAAAUUGUGAAUGAAAAUGGUCUAAAAUAUGAAAUUGAAGAAGGUGGAAAAAUACAUUAUUAUUCUCCACAAGAUGUCCUAUUAUUAAUUUUUCAGAAAUUACUAGAGAUAGCAAAGAGCCACAGUGAUGGAGAGGAAGAAUAUUGUACUGUAUUAACUGUUCCAUUGCAUACAUCAAAAAAUCAAAAGAGAGUGAUUAGAGAUAUUGCUGUUAAAGCUGGUUUCAAGAUUCUUAGGAUCAUUAGCGAACCUUCUGCUGCUUUACUUGCUUACACUAUUACUCAGAAACCUUUAAAUAUUGUUUGCCACUACCUCAUUUAUCGAGCAGGUGGAACCUCCGUCGAUGUCACUGUAAUUGCAGUCAUGAAUGGAUUAUAUCAAGUUUUGUCUUAUGUAAGAAAGAAUUCUAUUGGUGGAAAUCAUUUCACAAAUGAACUGGUGGAAUAUUGCAUACAAGAAUUUCUAAGACAAUACAAAGUUAACAUCAAAGAAAGUAAACGUUCAGUAUACAAGCUGCAUUCUGCUGCCGAAACAUGCAAAAAUAUUUUGACAAACAUGACCUCAGCUCAGUGCUCUGUCGAAUCUUUAUAUGAUGGAAUUGAUUUUACUGUAAAUAUAGGAAGAGGACGAUUUGAAUCUCUUAUUAACAACAAGUUACAAGAAUGUAUUGAACCUAUUCAAGAUGCUCUUGACAAAGCAAAAUUGAAUAAAGAAGAUAUUCACAAAGUAAUUUUAGUUGGAGGUACUUCUAAAACUCCUCGUCUCAUACAGAUAAUUGGCAACAUGUUUAGUUCGGCAGAAAUUCUAAAUUCUAUCUCAUCUGAUGAAGCCAUUGCUUUGGGAGCAGCGGCUGAGGCAGCUCUUCUGGUAUCAGAAGACAAAUUAGAAUUUGAAACAGAACCAGAAUCUGAAAUAGAGACUUUAAGUGAAACUAUUUAUAUGAAAGAUCCAAAUAAUGAUGAUUUAAUUCCAUUAAUUUCAAAGAGUACGCCUAUUCCUGCUAAACAAGAAAAAAUCUUUACCUUAUCUAAUUUGCAGAAUUUUAUUCAUUUGAAAUUUUAUGAAGGACCAGUUGGUUGCUCUAUAAAUAGCAAUGAACUUAAACUAUUGGCAAAGUUAAUUUUGAAGGAAGUGCCUAAUAAUGCUGAAGUCAUCAUUAAUACGCUAAUCAAAACUGACGGUUCUGUACAUUUGACCUGUACAGAGAAAACUCUUAACAAAUCUGAAAGUAUUUUGAUAGGAGGAACUUGAGUUCUCGUGUCCAUCAGUCAGUUGGUUUAUUAAAACUGUUAUCUAUUAUAAUUAAAUGUACGAAUUUACAGAGAUUGUAAAUAAAAUAAUUAAUAA